AUGUCAAACUCUAAAGCACACUCAGAAUUCCUUUCAUACAUUCAUAAUUAUAGUUCACAUGCCAAAAGUGAUAACAAUAACUACGAAGGUGGUAAACAACGAUCACCUAGGAGUAGGUGCACAACUCCUGAACCAAUUUUUGAUAAUGAAAGACAAGUAGAUCGUAAACAAUCUCAUCAAUUAUACUCCUCAAAGUAUUUACACCCUGAUCAACCAUCACCUCAUUCAUCCAGAAAUAUACGUACGAGUCCUGAACCAAGUAUUAAAAAUGAGAUUCGUUGUUGUAAAUGUGGUCAGACAGGGCAUUUUAAGAGUGAAUGUCCGCAAAGCAAUAAUCAAUCGCAACCUAAUAAUCAAUUCCCACAAUCUCAACAUCAAUCCCAACAACUACCCUCUGACCAACCACAGGUGCAAAACUUUAAAAAAAGUAUGAACAGAAAUUAUCAAGAUAAUUAUCAGGAUCAUUCUUAUUCAUCCUGGAAUAAGAGUAAACCUUUGGAAUCAAGCAUUAAUAAUGAUAUUUUAUAUUAUAAAUACAUUCAUCAAUCACCUCAGGGAUCUCGAUAUUAUCAACAGUCUCAACAACCAUAUUCCAUAAAAUACUCGCAGUAUGAUCAACUGGAGCAAAAUUAUUCAAGAAGUACACCAAGAAAUCAUCAGAAUCAAUCUCACUCGCUUAAAAAUAAGCGCGCAAAAUCAGAACAAAAUAUUAAUCAAUCAUAUCAAAAAUCUCAACCUAAUCAACAAUUUCAGCAAUCCCAACAACCAUUUUUCAAUAAUUCAAAGAAUAAGCAUACACCACCUGAACCAAUUACUAAAAAUAAUAAUCAAAAUCAUAAACGUGAACAGAAUGAACAUUUUAAAAAAAAUUAUCAACAAGUUAAGGAUCAAUCCCAUCAGAAACCUCAACAAUCCCAACAAACCGGACCUAGUCCAACCUUGAUUAUUAAUGUUGUACAAUCUCAGAAAGCACCUAAGCAGGAGCAAGCUCGAGAUAUUCUGCAUUUUCGGGUAAUAAAAAAGAAAAGUGAUUUAACCAAUGGAAAGGGAUUUUCAUGA